CUGAUCCCAGCAAACAGUUCCUUUCUUUUCCUAAUCCCUGGCUGCUUAUUUUAGCCGCUUCUCCGCCCCGCCGGCAAUACCAUUCAGAUCUUAGUCCAGGUAGAUCUGACGUCAAGAGAUGGCUUUCGUCGAUUUGACGUGUAAACACUCAUUUCCAUUCUGGCUGGGAAGGGCUGGGGCUCCACUCAGCCUGGAGACCGAAGCGCUUCACUGAGCGCUCGCCGCCGCCCAGCCUCUCCUCGCGCUCCUCCUAGCUCUUCGCAGAGCAACCAGGAGCCAGGAGUGGUCCAGAGCCCGAGGGUGGGAAGGGGGAGUCUCUCUGGCUUUUCUCCUAUCUUGCUUCUUUUUCCUCUUCCCUUCCCACUCGUGUUCAAGCGAGUGUGUGAGCCAUGGAGCGAAGAGCCUGGACUCUGCAGUGCACUGCUUUCGCCCUCUUUUGCGCUUGGUGUGCACUGAACAGUGCAAAAGCGAAAAGGCAAUUUGUUAAUGAAUGGGCAGCGGAGAUCCCCGGGGGCCCGGAAGCAGCCUCGGCCAUCGCCGAGGAGCUGGGUUAUGACCUUUUGGGUCAGAUUGGUUCACUUGAAAAUCACUACUUAUUCAAACAUAAAAGCCACCCCAGAAGGUCUCGAAGGAGUGCCUUUCAUAUCACUAAGAGAUUAUCUGAUGAUGAUCGUGUGAUAUGGGCUGAACAACAGUAUGAAAAAGAAAGAGCUAAACGUUCAGCUGUAAAGGACUCAGCACAAAAUCUCUUCAAUGAUCCCAUGUGGAAUCAGCAAUGGUACUUGCAAGAUACCAGGAUGACGGCAGCCCUGCCCAAGCUGGACCUUCAUGUGAUACCUGUUUGGCAAAAAGGCAUUACAGGCAAAGGAGUUGUUAUCACCGUACUGGAUGAUGGUUUGGAGUGGAAUCACACGGACAUUUAUGCCAACUAUGAUUCAGAGGCUAGCUAUGAUUUUAAUGAUAAUGACCAUGAUCCAUUUCCCCGAUAUGAUCCCACAAAUGAGAACAAACAUGGGACCAGAUGUGCAGGAGAAAUUGCCAUGCAAGCAAAUAAUCACAAAUGCGGGGUUGGAGUUGCAUACAAUUCCAAAGUUGGAGGCAUAAGAAUGCUGGAUGGCAUUGUGACGGAUGCUAUUGAGGCCAGUUCAAUUGGAUUCAAUCCUGGACACGUGGAUAUUUAUAGUGCAAGCUGGGGCCCUAAUGAUGAUGGGAAAACUGUGGAGGGGCCUGGCCGGCUAGCCCAGAAGGCUUUUGAAUAUGGUGUCAAACAGGGGAGACAGGGGAAGGGGUCCAUCUUCGUCUGGGCUUCGGGAAACGGGGGGCGUCAGGGAGAUAAUUGUGACUGUGAUGGCUACACAGACAGCAUCUACACCAUCUCCAUCAGCAGUGCCUCCCAGCAAGGCCUAUCCCCCUGGUACGCUGAGAAGUGCUCCUCCACACUGGCCACCUCUUACAGCAGCGGGGAUUACACCGACCAGAGAAUCACGAGUGCUGACCUGCACAAUGACUGCACGGAGACGCACACGGGCACCUCUGCCUCUGCACCUCUGGCUGCUGGCAUCUUCGCUUUGGCCCUGGAAGCAAACCCAAAUCUCACCUGGCGAGAUAUGCAGCACCUGGUUGUCUGGACCUCUGAGUAUGAUCCGCUGGCCAAUAACCCUGGAUGGAAAAAGAAUGGAGCAGGCUUGAUGGUGAAUAGUCGGUUUGGAUUUGGCUUGCUAAAUGCCAAAGCUCUGGUGGAUUUAGCUGAUCCCAGGACUUGGAGGAGUGUGCCUGAGAAGAAAGAGUGUGUUGUAAAGGACAACGACUUUGAGCCCAGAGCCCUGAAAGCUAAUGGAGAAGUUAUCAUUGAAAUUCCAACAAAAGCUUGUGAAGGACAAGAAAAUGCCAUCAAGUCCCUGGAGCAUGUGCAAUUUGAAGCAACAAUUGAAUAUUCCCGAAGAGGAGACCUUCAUGUCACACUUACUUCUGCUGCUGGAACUAGCACUGUGCUGUUGGCUGAAAGAGAACGGGAUACAUCUCCUAAUGGCUUUAAGAAUUGGGACUUCAUGUCUGUUCAUACAUGGGGAGAGAACCCUAUAGGUACUUGGACUUUGAGAAUUACAGAUAUGUCUGGAAGAAUUCAAAAUGAAGGAAGAAUUGUGAACUGGAAGCUGAUUUUGCAUGGGACCUCUUCUCAGCCAGAGCAUAUGAAGCAGCCUCGUGUGUACACGUCCUACAACACCGUUCAGAAUGACAGAAGAGGGGUGGAGAAGAUGGUGGAUCCGGGGGAGGAGCAGCCCACACAAGAGAACACCCUGGUGUCCAAAAGCCCUAGCAGCAGCAGCGUCGGGGGCCGGAGGGAUGAGCUGGAGGAGGGAGCCCCUUCCGAGGCCAUGUUGCGACUCCUACAAAGUGCUUUCAGUAAAAACUCGCCGCCAAAGCAAUCACCAAAGAAGUCCCCAAGUGCAAAGCUCAACAUCCCUUAUGAAAACUUCUAUGAAGCCCUGGAAAAGCUGAACAAACCUUCCCAGCUUAAAGACUCUGAAGACAGUCUCUAUAAUGACUAUGUUGAUGUUUUUUAUAACACUAAACCUUACAAGCACAGAGAUGACCGGCUGCUUCAAGCUCUGGUGGACAUUCUGAAUGAGGAAAAUUAAAACAAGUGUGUGGUCCCAAUUUGGAAAUAUUCAUGCUUCUUCCUUACCCUGAAAUUUUGCCUGUGUCUGAAGUGGUUGUUUUGUCAUGAAUUCUUAUGCUUAUAAUAUCCUUUGUGGUACCUUUUCUUUUUCUCCCUAAAAUGUACAUGUGAAGGGGAUGAGCUCAAGCAGGAAGUUCAACUUCCAGAAUUGAUCACAGGUAUUUCAAAACACAUCUUUCCUGUCUGCACAAGUGAAGUGUUUUGUUCUUUCUGGAGUCACAGUUGACAAAAAGCUCUUACACUACAUUAGAACACUGCAUUAGAGCCCAUUUCAAUUUUCAAAAGAAAAGACAAAACCUGGGAUGUCAAUUAAUUUGAAAAUAAUCUGCAAAGAAGGAGAAGGAGACAGGAACUGUUUCUGUUGCUUGUUCCCUGUCUUGUCCAUGUGGUUCUUCAAAUUUUGAUGCCAAGACAGUAUUUGGUAAGUCUAAUGAAGGAGUUCACUGUAAGACUCAUUCCCUAGAUCUUUCUAUUCCAAACUGUCACUCAUUCCUGUAGUCAAAAUCUGGUCAUGUUGGGCAAAAGCUGGAUUAUUUAGAUCUAGAAACAGACCUUGAAAUCUGAAUGCUCUGGUUUGAGCAAUUUUCGAACAUUCUUCUUUGCCUGGUGCACCGUGUCUGUGGUGCCAGAGGCGUCUGUGGACCCAGAGGUGGCUAUGACUCGUGCUGCAUUCCUGGUCUUUCCUCUAUUUCUCCUUCUGAAAGUUUUCUAUACCUGUCUCCUUUCUCAGCCACAAAAUAAAUGUUGGGAGAAAUGAUUUAUACCACUUUCCCAGAAAAAAUCUUACACUUGGGACUUGGCAAAUUUCUAGUCACAAUUUUUCAACAGUAACAGGAAACCACUCAUCACAUGGAGACCUAAUGUAAUAACAGAAAAAUACUCAUAAUAGGGAGAAACCAUGAGAAGUUUUGUUUUUGUUUUUGUUUUUUUGCAACUGUGUUCAUUAGAACAGGGUGUCCUGGGUCAUUGAAACUGAAUGUUUAUUCCUUGAUACUAAAAGAUCUUCUCCAAUCCUAACACUGAUAGUGUUCAAAUUCUCAUCAAAUUGCUCCUAAGCUUCAAAUCAGAAGACAGAAACUGGCAGGCUAUGGACCUUAAAUGUCCCUCAGGUAGAUUUUGUUUGGUAUGCAGAAUGUUUUUAAAAUGUGAGUGGUUAUUGAAAAUAUGAUGUUUCACAUAAAACCUGAUUCUCGGACCCAUCUUUGCUCAUGGCAACAGUUAGCUGGAGCUGAGUAGCAGCUGCCUGAUUAGAUGAGCUCUGGGUCUCCAUGGCAUCCUGCUCCAUGCUACCUAGAACAGGCACUUGAUUCCUUGCUGGACAGUAUCCAAUAGGCAUUUGAUUUUGCCCACUACUACACUAAGCGAAUGUGUACAAAGUGUAAAUGCAUUAGGAAAAAACAAACUACCCGCAUCUUCUGUUAGGCAGGAUCUGUACAAUAAUAAUUAUGAGUUUGCUUGUGUAAUCUCACCUCACCUGGAUGCUCACUAAUACUAAUUCAUUUAUUACUAACCUUCUAGCUUCCUUCUUUCAAUAUGCUCACAAAGUCUCCAGUCACCUACAAUGCUGGCUUUCUCCCACUGAGUUUGCUGUUUGCAAUUCUUCCGUGGAAGUUUGAACUUCAUAAGGCCAUUCAUGGCUUUGAACUGCUUCAUGAAAAGAACACUAGAGUCUGUCACUUGCUUUGGUUUGAAGUAUGGUUGGUAACACAAACUUUCACCUGCUCUUCUACCACUUGAAUUUGUGUAGAACGAGGGUGUUUCCAGAGCAAUGCCCAUAAUGCUUAGAGAAUGUUCUCCUAAAAGACUUGCAGAAUCACUCUGUCCUUGGAAGUUUCAUAUAUUGUUUGAUAUAAAGUGUUAGAUAUGAUUUCCAAUAUUGGAGCAUAUCAAAAAGUAUUAAAACCAAAAAGGACCAGAGGAUUCUUAGAUUGGCCCGGAGAGACCAAUAAAUGAAAGAGUUAAUAUUAAAACUCAUCAUUUUUCCAUUCCCAAUCUAGUGCUAGAUGUAUAAAUCUUUCUUUUUGAUUCUUCCUAACAAAAUAUUUUCUGGGUUAAAACCCCAACCAACUCAUUGGGUUGUAGCCAAAGGUUCACUCUGAAGAAGCUUUAAUAUUUAAAUAAAAUCAUAUUGACUGUUUCCAACCUGGAGUUUAAUAUUCAGAUAUAAAACAGUUUUGUCAGUCUUUCUUAGUGCGUGUGUGGAUUUUUGUGAAAAUGUAAAAGAGGAAACUUAUAUACUAUUUCCCUUGAAAUUUUAAACUAUAUUUUCUUUACAGGUAUUUAUAAUAUGCCAAUGCUUUUAUCAAACAGAAUUUUAAAGAGCAUAAUAAAUUAUAUUAAAGAACCGAAAGUUUUCCUGAGAAUAAGAAAGUUUCAUCCAAUAAAAUAUUUUUGAAAGGCAUGUUCCUCUAUCAAUGAAAACAAGUACAUGUAUAUGUUAUGAUAUUAAAAGUGACAUUUGUCUAAUAGCCUAAUACAACUUGUAGCUGAGUUUAACAUGUGUGGUCUUGGUAUUCUUAAGGGAACUUCCACAUUAUACAUUUGAUGUAUUGACCAGAAUAUGUAAAAUAUGCUUAUAAAUCAGAAAAAUAAAUUGUUUCUCACUAAGUCAAAA